UCCCAAUCCCCACGCCGUCCUUGCUGUGUAUUUUGCAUAGAUUGAAGGCCUGAGUCAACAUCCAGAUGAUUGCGGCUUUCUGCCAGAAAGAGGUAUGUCAUGUGCGAGUUUGCAGGUUGCCGGUGCAGUCAUGGGCUAACAUCCUGGCGUAUUUGGUGAAUCUUGGUAUCACCUACGGCUCCUUGACUGGGGCCUUUGGCGCCACCAACGAAGAGUUGAGCGAGAAGUAUCAGAGCCUGGUUACACCAGCUGGAUAUGCCUUUGCCAUUUGGGGAGCCAUCUUCACUUGGGAAGGCAUCUUUGCUGUGGCACAGAUGUGUCCCCCUCUCAGCACCAGCCCAGUGGUUGACACUGUCACACCUUGGUGGAUAUUUGCCUGCUGCUUCCAGGUGGCAUGGACGCUUUUCUUUGCUCAGGACCGGAUUUUGGAAGCAUUGAUUUGCAUGCUGGGAAUCCUUCUCAGUCUGCUCACCAGUAUCUUGCGCACAGACUUCCUGCCCGAGAUCUCCCUGAAGGAGUACUUCUUGCUGAGGGCACCUUUUUCAUUGCACUGUGGAUGGAUCAUCGCCGCGAGUGUCUUGAAUAUCAACGUCCUUGCGGAUUACAACAUGUCAUCCCAAGAGACAUUGCUGAUGUUAGCCAUGGUUUGUCUCGCCGGUAUUGCCGUGAUCGUGGCCUUGUUCACAUUUGCAGCUCCCAGGGCCGACCCUUUGAUUGGUUUAGUGGCCGCUUGGGCCCUACUUGGCAUCUAUGUGGAACUGGAGAACCCUGAGAACUUGCUGAACAUGAACAAGUUCAAUUACAUUGCUUGGCCUCAGUUUGUGAUCGAAUCAGUUCGACGAACCGCCUUGGUGCUGAGUAUUGCUAGUGCAUGCGCUGCCUUGAUUUCAACUGGUCGCAACAUUUUUGACUGGAAUCCAUUGAGCAGACUGGCAAAAUUCUACAACGACCUUGAAGGCUUAGAACUAGGUGAGACCAUGUACUUCAAGGUGAUGAGUCAAGAAGAACACAAAGACGACGAAUUUCUAGGAGAUGCAAAGCUGGUCGUCAGUCCUGGCGGCUUCAAUGGUGGCCUUGUAAUCAUGCUGAGAGGUCGAAAAGCUGGCACUCUUCGGCUAGAGCUCAUUGUCCCACCCGUCUUCCAGGACACCAGUUCGGCAAAGAAACAGCCGGUCGUGUUUGACAGUAGCAACCCUCGUGAUGUCGUGCAAGCCAUCACUUGGGGGACCACUGAAGAAGCUGCGCAUGCGGUAGCAUCGUUGGAGAAUAUUCUGACUUCUGAAGGCAUCCGCUCGCGCUUCGUGGCUGCUGGAAUUGUGCAGCCGCUGGUGUCGCUUCUCUCGGAUGGAUCGAUGGACACACGAUGCAAGGCAGCUGCUGCAUUGUGGAACUUGGGGCAAUGCUCCGUUGGGAAAAAGAUCCUCAUCAGUUCAGGUGGUGUGCAGUCUUUGAUGCAGCUUUUCUUCGAAGGUACUGCAUACUGCAAGGAGGAGUCGAUGGCCGCGCUUCUGAAUAUCGUUUCUACCGAGAAGGUGCGUGAGGAGUUGGUCGCUGGAGGCAUCGUUUCGUGGCUGAUGGCUCUGCUUCAGAGCACAUCGCCAAAGAGCCUCUCGCAUGCUAUCCAGCUGAUGGGCUUCCUAGCUGAAGAUCAGGAUGUGGCAGACAACUUCAUGGAGGCUUCUUUGACCAGACUUCGUCAGCUUCUGCAAGAUAAGAACGAUGACGUGCGUCUCCAGACGGCUUUUGCAGUUUCGCGCAUUGCAACUGCAGAUGACCGACGCCAAGUCUUAGUAGAAGCUGAGAUGGUCCAACCACUCAAUCGUUUGCUGAAGGAAGGCACCUACGACUGCAAAGCUGCAGCUGCGAGUGCCAUUGGUGAGCUGGCAAAUGCAACGGAUAAACGGCUCUUCAAGAAGAUUUCCAUGCACCUACUGGAAGCAGAAGUCCUGGAGCCUUUGCUGGAUUUGCUCGGUUCUCAUCAUGAUGAUUGUUCUUCCAACGCUUCACGAGCGCUUUGCAUUCUGGCUUCGACGGAGAAGACUGGAACCGCGAUUUUGGAAAGAGGAGCUUUGAAACCGUUGGUAUCCUUGUUGAAGGGAAAACCUCAAGUCAGCCGGAUACUGCGCGUGGCAAAAGUGCUGCAGGCGCUUGCUGACUUCAAUCGAUGUGGCAUGGAUGUGGCAUUGUCGCAAGAAAGCAGCCAGCAGCUGAUGCCUUUCAACUGCAGAAAGGCACCAUGCAUUGAAUUUGCUCCAAGAGCAUCGCAGCAAAAAUCUGCCAACCCCACGAUUUCUGCCGGCGAUCGGCCCACAAGUGAUGAUACCCCGGUCAAAGAUGUGGAUGGUGGUUUGAGUGUCAGACUGAAUGCGAAGAUGGAGCCAGUUGAACAUAACAACUCGCACCAAAGAGCAUACGCAUACUACAGCAUCCUUUGGUUGCAGCAGCCGUUGACGUUGCCGGCGGCGAUGAAAGCUUGGGCUCGCUUGUGGCGGGCAGACAGCCUGGCUCUCCUGGUCUCUGUCUCUGUGCUGGCCCUUUACAACGAAUCAGUGGUCGCAUUGAUCAGGGAGUUGUUGGGCCGUGGAGACGGACAUGUGAAGCGCGCUGAAGCACUGCGUUCCAACCGGCGGUUGAAGGUGGCUAUCCUGGGCGCCGGCAUGGGUGGUAGUGCGCUUGCACUUUGGUUGCGUGACCUCUUUGGGGAUCAGGUUGAUAUAGCGGUCAUCACCAACGGCCCCGUUGGUGGACGAUGCCAGGCGGUUGAGCUCGAUGGAGCCCGCUAUGAGGCUGGCGCAUCGAUUAUUUCGGAGGUGAACGUGCUUUUUAAGGCGCUGAUGAAUCGAUUCAACCUCAAGAAGUUUGAUCUGUCUGAGUGCAACAUGCCUUUGGCUGUGUACAACGGCACCCGCUUUCUCUUCAGUACGGCAAGUUCUGCAGCCAGCGGCUGGAAGUGGGCUGCCAAAUUGCUGAGCCAAUGGAAGCUGGUGUGGCGAUUUGGCAUGUUCUCGUUGCUGAAACUGAAGAACAUAUCCAAGCGCUCCUGUGCCCCGAACUUCCUGCGGCUGUACCGUGCCCUGAGAGAUGGUGCCACCUAUGCGCAUCCUCGAGAGCUGCUGAGUACUUUAGGGCAUAGCUGCCUUUGUCUCACUCAGCAUCCCGCAGAUCAAUGGCUGGUACGAGAGAUGGGAAUUCCUGGUGCACUCGUCCAAGAGCUUGCUGAGCCUGGCAUGCGAUGUAACUAUGGCGGUCAGAGCUGUAGUGCGCUCCAUGCUUUGGUGGGCCUGGUGAGCAUUGUGGGUGGAAUCAGCAACAAAUACUUCUCCGUUCUAGGCGGCAAUUCACAGGUGGCCGAGUGCUCCAUCUCCCGCGCGAGGCCGCGGAUCAUCCGUGGCCUCGGGCGCGUGCUACGGAAGAACCGGAACACCGACACCUUGUACGAUCCAGCGUUCGAAGUGGGAUACUUUGUGACGCCAGAAAGUGGUGACAGCGCGUCCUCUGCGGCAGAAGCCAGCCGCGGUAGCGGUGCUGACACCGACCGACCCGAGGGACUCUUCAUGGAGGCGUUCCACAUCGUCGUGGUGGCACACCCUUUCGAGCAUUCCAGCCUGAAAUUUGAGGGCUGCUGCGAGACGGUCCAGGCCAGCAGCACGUCUGAAUUUAGGCGGUGCACAGCCCAUUUUCUUCAUGGCACGCUGAACUUGCGAUAUUUUGCAGAGGUGCCCGUGCAGUAUUCCGGACAUCGUGCCUAAUCUAUUCAUCCCUUUGGCGGCUGGAUAGAACAUCAUUCCCUUUCACUCCUAGCUCAAAAGAGCUGACUCCAUUUCUGUAAUUUGGGUGAAGGAUUUUGAUCGAUGCAAAAAGAAACACAUUUUUUGUAUGAGUUCACAAACUGGCUGCAUGUUGCCAUUCCUUCCGUGAAGCAGCCGGGCGAAAAAGUCUCUCAACUCGCAGCAAGACUCCAAUUCGUCAAGCCAGUCCCAGUGAACUACGCCGGGCAAGUGGCGCGUAUGAGG